UGAAACAGCAUUGGAACUUAGUGCCCUGAUUGGAACAAAGCGUGAAACAAGAACAGAGGCCCCGACUGAAUUUGCUAGAAACCAUAACGUUUAAUCAGGCUAAUAAGAUAGGGAAAGUAUAAACACUGUAAAGCUCACACAAAAACGUCACAGAUCAAGCCACCAACUGAGUGCACAUCAUGGAAGUCCGAUCUGUUCUGCUGAAAUCAUUUCACUUGGAUCCAAGUUUUUCUCUGAUGACAGUGCGAUCAGCCGUUCUCAGCAUGGAAUUGUUCAACCUGCUUGAUAUUCACGGUACAUCAGCGAUUAACGACGUCAUAUUCUGCGCUUGGCUGCGCAGCUGCACAAACCUGAAGGGCCACCAGGUAUACGACCUGUUUGAACUGUUCGACGUCGACCGAUCCGGAGAGAUCGAUUUCGACGAGUUCUACCUGGUCAUCGCCAUACUGGUCGCCGUCAAAGACAAAGUGGAGAAGGAGUUUAUCUACCGGCACUCGCGGGCCGUGUUCAACAUCAUGGACUUUGACCAGUCGGGCUCUGUGUCGGCCGAGGAAUUCGAGAGGAUCGGCUUCAUGUUCAACUUCUACAGCACGGCCAUCCGCUCCAUCUUCAAGGAGUUCGACGUGUCUGGAGACUCAGAGCUCGACUUCAAGGAGUUCAAGCUGUUUGCGAUGGCGUGCAUUGACCAGCAGAGGGCCAUCUGGCUGAAGGAGCAGCGGAAGCAGUUGCAGCGCAGCCAGCUCAAGUUCCUCACAGAGAACAAGGAGCUGCUGCUCUCCUUCCUCCGCAGAAGCGGCACCAUUAUCAAGCGGCCAGGAGUCGAAGAUUGAGGAUGUUUGCACGGCUGCGAACGCCGGCUUGCCAUAUAAGUCGGGUGGAUACGGGACAUCAACUGCCCAUGCCCGAUCGGCAGCGUGGUGCGCCGUCCACCCAGAGUUCCACAGAUCAUUGGUGUGCGUGUGAUAACACAAUGUGCGUGCAGUCAAUUGCAUGCAGUGUUUGUGAUUUAAAUGCGGUAAACUGAUGUUUUUUUCUGUGAUGGUCUUCCUCGGUUUCAUGAUCCGAUAGCUAACUUGGCCAAUGAAGAGUUCCCAUGUCA